AUGGCAACCGUUUUCAAUGAUCGAAUUCCCACCGAUCUCCUGAUUCUUGAUUCGAAGAACUAUGAUAAAUGGGCGAAACAAAUGAGUGUCUUGUUUGGUUAUCAAGAGGUGCUUGAGAUCGUCGUCAAUGGAGUUACACAAUUAGGAGCAAAGGCUACUGACAUUCAAAGAGCUACACACAAAAAAGAGAAGAAGAACGAUUACAAAGCCCUAUUCUUGAUUCAUUCGUGUGUUGAUAACGAUAAUUUCGAGAAGCUCGGCGAUUGUGAAUCGGCGAAGCAAGCAUGGGAAAUCUUGGAGAAAGCAUAUGCUGGUGUCGUCAAAGCGAAGAAUGUUGUAUCGAAAGUAUUGCAUUCGUUAACGUCGCGUUUCGACAACAUAGUUGUGGCUAUUGAAGAAUCAAAGGAUCUAACAACUUUGAGCAAUGAUGAAUUGCAAAGUUCGUUAGAGGAACAUGAACAAAUGAUGGAUGAGAGAGGCGCCAACAAAGCCAAAGCGGAGAUUGCUUUGCAAACGCGUUUCAAUGAAAAGAAUAAGAGGUCGAAAGGAAAAUUUGCGGCGAGAGAUAAAUCAAAUUUUCAGAAUUUUGGUUCAAACGAUUCGCAAAAUUCAAAGCAUUCGACGAGUGAAAAUGGUGAAAGUAGCUCCAAGGAUAGUGGUCAUAGCAAUGGUUUUAAGAAGCGUGAUGUGAGUAAGGUGAAAUGCUACAAGUGUAGAAAGUUUGGACACUUUGCAAAUUCGUGUCGUGGUAAAUCGAAUGAGAAUCACAAUAAUGAAGCCAAGGUUGCUAGGGAAGAGGUAGAUGAUGAGGACACACUUCUAGUAAUGAUCACGGAGGAGAGUUAUGGCAUUACGGAUGUUCCGGGCAGCAACUACAGUAGUGACAGUUUGCGGGACAGCAGCUGUACUGUUCCGGAAAAUAGCGAGAAACCGCAUUCGGAUCGAAGUGCAUUGGUUACCGUUCGUGAUGGAGUCCAAGGGAGAGAUGAGUGGUACUUGGAUUCCGGUUGUUCAAUACAUAUGACGGGUCGAAAAGAUUGA